CACCCCGCAAAAGAUGGAAAGGGAAAAAAAAAACUUUCAGGCUACAGGCUGCGUGUCCCCGCCAGGACAAGCUUGAACUUCUCUUCCUGGCCGUUUCCCGGACUGUAAGGUAACGUGUCUGCGGGUUCCGAGCUUCUGCUUAUGGGCGAUGAUCCGCAUUGUUUCGCAGCUUCCCGAAUCGUCGAUGGUGAUGCGAUGCGGCUCCUACGGCGGGGACGGCGCACGCUCUGGCAUCUGCAUCUGCAUCUGCCGCAAACCACCCCCCGGGCCUUUCUUAUAUCACAUCGCAUAGCAUCGAAAACGCCACGGGACCCGAGAGGAGGAGCAAGCUCUGGAGACACGACUAGUCGGCGUUGUUCGAGUUUGCACGAGUUGCGACGCCGACGACACCCAAACCGAGCUGGCUCUGCCCUUCGCUGCCCUGCCCAGCCCAGCCCUGCACUCCCCCGCCGCCCGCCCAACAGACUCGACACGCUAGAACGGACGACGUGCUCCGUGAUCCAGCCAAGCCCAGACGAUAGAGAUUAGACGAGACGAGGUCCAAAGUGCCUGCGCACACACAACACAUCCACGCACGCACGCACGCCCGUACUAUCGAGCGCGCGCCCUUGCAUUGCCGUGUUCGUCUGCCGAUUCGUCGCUGGUGUCCAUGCCUGUCCUGCGCUGUGCCCGUCGUCCAUACCCCGCGCCGUUAUUCC